AUGGUGGAUGCAGUUACCAACUGCAAAGGCAGUGCAAACUGUAAGAAGCCUGUGGAGGCAACAAGCAAUAAGGAGGUGGCCUGCAGAAAGGCACUGCAGUGGGCAGCAUAUGUACAUGAUCUCCAGUACAUGUGCCUGUGGCACAAGGGUAGCCAUGGCAAGCUCUUCCAGCCAGUCCUUGGGCAGAUGCAGAUGGCACGCCACAUUCAGGAGGUGCUGCACCUGCACAAGCACUGGGACAGUCAGCACUGCCAUCACACCAACACAGAGGGCCUUGUGUCCAUCCUGCAAGCAACAAUUGAGUGGCCCAACAUCACACCCACUGUCCUGUUCCCCACUGAAGGUGAUGAGACCAUUGAGGAGGCCUGGAACAAUUGCCACCCCUUCCUCAUUGUCCUCAUGGCCCCAAAUGUGUGCAAGAUUGUUCACAAAUGGGGCCAACAUGUUGUCAGCCUGGAUGGCCUCUACAAGGCUACACAAUAUGGCCUCCCACUCUCAAUCAGUUCAAGGCCAGAGCAUAGUGGACAAUGA